AGAAAAUGCUGAACAGGAGAAGGAGAAUCUAAAUGUUUGCUUUUAACUGGCCUGGAAUGCUUAUCUCAAGUCUGAAAGGAAGACAGAGACUACUCCAGACUAUGAAAAUUUCCGAGACAAUGCUAAACAACUCAAAUAGCUGCUCAUUCAACUGUACCAUUGAUGCCUUCAAGCAAGCCAUUUAUCCUGUCAUGUACCUCUUUAUCUUCUUCCUGGGUGCUGUUGGAAAUAGCCUCUCCAUAUAUGUUUUCUUCCAGCCUUCCCAGAGGAAGACCUCAGUAAACAUUUACAUGCAGAACUUGGCUGUUUCAGAUCUUAUGUUUGUGAGCACUUUGCCCUUUCGGGCCUCCUAUUACCUGUUGGGAUCGCAUUGGAUAUUUGGCGAUAUUGUCUGCAGGAUUAUGACUUACGCCUUGUACGUGAACAUGUAUUGCAGCAUUUAUUUUCUCACCGUGCUCAGCGUGGUUCGUUUCACCGCCAUUGUCUACCCAUUCAAGCGCUGGAAAGUAACCAACAUGAAGUAUGCCAAGAUAACCUGUGCAGUGAUAUGGGUCUUUGUUCUGGCAGCCUCCAGCCCUCUGUUUUGCAAACAAAUCGCUGGGUACAGUAACCCAGACAAAUGCUUGGACCUCCACCCUGGAAGCACAGAUAUUCUCCUCAUGAUGAACAGCAUUGUCCUCGUUGUGGGCUUCAUCCUGCCCUUUUGCACGAUUAUCAUCUGCUAUGUCUUUGCCAUCAGGGCACUGCUCAAGUCCAGGACUCCUCAGCGCAAGAAGACGGUCUCUCACAAGAAGGCACUGUCAACCAUCAUCAUCACUCUUAUCCUCUUCCUCCUGUGUUUCCUGCCGUACCACAUACUGAGGACGGUCCACCUGAUGCUCGGCAGCUGGAGCCAGAACAACCUGUCCGUGCACAAAGCACUGGUGGUCACGCUCUGCCUUGCUGCCAUGAACAGCUGCCUUGACCCUGUGCUCUACUACUUUGCUGCUGAAAAUUUCAAAGCAAGAAUCAGAAGUUUAUACCGCAGGUAG